GUGAUGCUUCCAGGAGACGGGAAACCACCCGAGGAAGUCAGCGAGGCGAUGCUCAAGAAUGUGUUGGCCGACGUCUCGGCGGUGCUGAUCAGAGUCACGGGGCGCUCGCAGCGGGCGGACUCCGUGCCGCUGCGGGCCGCGGAGCUGGUUGGCAACCUCCGCGCCCUGCAGCGGCAGCUUCUGGACACCAAGCAGGGCCCACCGCCGGAGACCUUGGCGCGCGAGGAGCUGUGUCCACCACGGCACGGAGGCGCAUCCGCAGAGCCCGCCGCAGCUGGCCAAGCGACCGCAGGCGCCGACGGCUGCGCCGCCGGGGGCGAGGCCGCAGUGGAUGACGGCGCCGACGCGAUGACGGAGAUCGUGGCACUUUUUGACGAGGCCGCCGACGUGGAGGCGGACCCCGAAUGGCACGCUGUGGCGGAGCUGGAUUCCGCGGACCGACUCGCCUCCAGAGAGGCUCGACUGGGAGUUCGACGCCGCGGUUCUCCGGAGGAAGCGGCAGGCUGUCCUCGAGAAGGCCGAGUCAGACAGGCGGGCGAAGCGGCAGAAGCAGGCAAUGCGGGCGGAGCAGGACGCAAAGACGCGCCGCCGGGAUGA